UUGCAGACGGUGAAACUGUUGAUGGAAUUCUUUGAGGAGUGACAUGUGCUGUGGAUAAAGGGAGCCUGAUGAUCUCUUGUUCUUGGCUUUCCUGAAGGCAUUUCACAAGGUACCAUGGAAAAGGAUAUUGGAAGGAGAGGAUUUACAGUCGGGGAAACUGCAACCGAUCAGGAUUUCAGUGUGGCCCAAUUUGGUGUAACCUGAAUCUCAUUGGGUUUUGAACAUGGAAGGAGAAUACACUGUUGACAGCGGUCAGAAACUGUACAUGUGUGAUGUGUGUGCACGAGCAUUCAGCCGAUCAUCUGACCUCUCGAAACAUAAACGGAGUCACAAGGAGAAACUGUGGAAAUGUGGGGACUGUGGGAAUGGAUUCAGAUCCUCGACUGAACUGGAAAUUCAUCGGCGCAGUCACACUGGGGAGAAACCAUUCUCCUGCUCUGAAUGUGGCAAGGGAUUCAGUCAGAAAUCCCACCUGCAGAGACACCAGCGAGUUCACACUGGGGAGAGACCAUUCUCCUGCUCUGAGUGUGGGCAGGGAUUCACUAAUUCCUCCAACCUGCUGAUACACCAGCGAGUUCACACUGGGGAGAGGCCGUUCAUCUGCUGUACGUGCGGCAAGGGAUUCACUUUGGCUUCCAGCCUCCAGACUCAUCAACGAAUUCACACUGGGGAGAGGCCAUUCACCAGCUCCUAGUGUGGGAGGGGGAUUUUUUGACACAUCCAGCUUGAUGACACGUGGGUGAAUUCACACUGAUGAGAGAGUGUUUACCUGUUCCCACUGUAGGACAGUGUUGAGUCAGUUCAGAUAAAUGACUGUACAUCAGCAGAUUGUCUGUGGAGAAGCUGAGUGAGGGAUAUUCACUGAAUCUG